AUGAGUUUCAGCCACCCUGCGAAGCUCAAAUCUGUGGCCUCUGGCACAGAGGAGAAGCCCCCCGGCGCCUGGGCAAAGCACAUCAAAAAGCUUAAUUACGCUGCAGCGAGACAGGGAAGCGAGCUGAAGACACCAGCGCUCCGAAAGCUGAACGAGAUGCCGGCCAAGUGUGAGCUUGCGGUUCGAAACACUAGCCCAUUCACACCAAGCAACUUGGAACGCACCAUCAGUGGCAACGUCAAUAAGGUGCAGUCUGUCUUGGGAUAUAUUGUCGGCAAAGUGGCAGACCUUCUGUGUGAAUGUUGCGAGCGAGGGAUGGGGCCCUUCCCUCGAUGUGUCAUUCUCAAGGACGUCCCGGACAUGACCGCCUGUGUAGGCAGUUCCUUCACUAAGAACGACAAACGCUGCAAAGAGCACCACGUGCCUACCGAGCAUGACUCCAACCAAGACGAACAACAUGGGCUGGAUGAUACCAUCGCCCACAUUGAGGUUUCCUGCAAGAAGAACUACGAUCUCUUCAUCCACCCGCGCGGUACGAGGCGCAGCUUGCAUAAUUCGCUUCGCAUGUCAAACCCGGCUGGCGCACCAUCAUCGUACGAAUCAGCCACCGAGAAUUCUGACAAGCUGACCUACAAACCAGAUCAUUAG